UCGAAGGCUGCGCACGGACGAACUUCCUUCUCAAGGAAUUCGUCCAUUUUCGGAAAUCGAGAUGAGCCAGACAAUAUCCCUCGUAAACUCGGGCAAAAUCAUAUAAAAUCUUAAAAGCUCAUAAUUGGUCGGAUAUACAUACAUAGCUCUCGCCUCACGUUACCUUAAGUACAUACCUACCUCAGACACUUUUACGCAGAGAAAAGAAUACCCCCAAUUCAAGAUGUCGGCAAGACUGCUCACACGAACACGAACCUUCAUGCCGCGCCAUGCCCUCGGCGCCGGCAUCGUCGGGCUCUCCCUUGGAACGAGUAUGGCGACGUUCAGACAGCCGAAGCUCAGGAUGGAUGCGAGAGAUACCCCGCGGCCGAUGAGCAGUAGUCCUCCUACGAAAGAGAGGUUAGAUCCCGACCUCUUGAAGCAGCUUUCUGGCGGGAGCAUUGCAGGGUUUAUUUCAGGACUCCUUAUCAGUAUUUUCUCGCGGACGUUGGUGUUACUUAUAGGUCUCACCGCGGUGGUCGUUCAGGUGGCUUCGAGAUAUGGUCUUGACUUAGUAAAACAGCUAAAGUUAAAGCAACGGUUGGGUAAUUCACGCAUAUUAAACGCCUUGGAGAAGAAUCCAGCAUUUAAUUUAUCUUUCGGGCUAUUCUUCGCAAUGUCUGCUUUUAUGCAAUUCUAGCUGUUCGUAUACCUUAGGCAUCUAGGUAGAUAGCAAUGGACAUAUAGAAUCAGAGGGGGAAGUCAGCCUCCAUUUCAGAAAGGUUGCGUUUCCCUCUU